AUGGACAAGCCAUCUAGUAAACGUCGUCGCACCGAUGCAGCUACUGCUCUCUCAAAACCGUUCAAGUCCCCGCUACGCAGAACUGCACCGACAAACACAGACGACACGCCAUCUAAGCCUGUCGCAUCCAGGACUACUGAGGACACCGAAGUUACAGCGACUCCUACCAUACCUGUAGAGGCGAACUCAAUAUCGAAUUCACCGGAUUCGACAACAACUCCACACCGAGAGAUCAAGUCAAAGGUCGAUGCACUGAUCGAGGAACUCGAAAUAGCAACUCAGGCCCUCAACCUCGAGACCAAUCCCAAAUACAUCGAGAUUCCAACUCUCGUCACCAAAUGGCGGCUCGCCAGCCAGGACGCAGCAGAUGAGGUAUUUGCUGGUGCCAAGGAAAGGGUCAAUCGCAUGGGAGGGAUGGCAGCUUGGAAAGAGCAGUCGAAGCGCGAUGCAACUCGAUGGGAUUUUGAUGAGGAGAGUCGUGAGCGGGAGCACGUUGACGAGGAAGAGGAAGGUGUUGAUAACUACGGUGAUGUGGAUUCUUCUGGUCAUCCACUGAACAAGAAUGAUAUUGAGGAGAGUCAGGAUGAGGAGUUCACAAUGGAGUUCAUGCUCAAGAGUCUGCAUGUUGAUCCUAAGUUGAUUGGAUAUGAUACAAAAGGUCAAAAAUGGAUCAAAAGCUGA